CACUUCUUUAUUUGGUUGAGUGGGAGAUCGUUACUCCAAUUUCAAACGCCACGGUACUGCUAGAUUCUAGCAAUUUUUUUGUGAGAAAACACAGCGGAUGUUUUGCACCGGCUACUCUAAAGGGGAUAUGAACAAUGACAAAUGUAGUCAACAACAACACUCAAAAUAUCUCGUAUUUACGAUCUUCUCUCACUACACGUUCUUCUACUGCUGCUGCAAGAGUUGCUUCCCAGGGCGGUGGAAGUGGCGGAAAUGGUUCGCAAGCUUGUGCCGCGUGCAAAUAUCAACGCCGAAGAUGUGCGCCUGACUGUCCCUUAGCACCUUAUUUUCCGGCCAAAAGACACAAAGAUUUUCUCAAUGCCCACAAACUCUUCGGCGUUAGUAACAUAUUAAAGGUCCUUAAAAAUGUUUCACCGUUUCAGAAAGACAACGCGAUGAAAGCAUUAAUCUUCGAGGCUAAUAUUCGUGCCGGCGACCCUGUUGGAGGAUGUUAUCGGACUAUCUUGAAUCUGCAUCGGCAAAUUAAUCUUUGUCAGGCUGAAUUGCAAUUUGUUUAUCGUCAGAUUUUUCGUGUCAAGGCCGCGGCUAUCCAAGUACAACCGAAUAUUAAUACAAAGGCAUGCUCUCUCAAUGAAAUUAAUAAUAGUAUUUUGGGUUUUGAUUUUUCACCAAUCCCCUGUCUUCAUGAAUUCGACAUAUCUACUUCCAUUGGAGAAGGAUCAAAUAGUCAAAUAGUAGAAGGAGAACGACUUGAGGGAUUUAACAAUGAAAAAUUUGAAGCUAAAACAGUGAUGUCAAUUUGUAAUGACAAACAAUCGAUUGUUGAACAUGGAGAUUUCAAGCCAUAUUUUGGAAAUUUUCAUGAUUAUAAAGGCAAAGGAAUAGCAACAGAACUAAGCAAUGAGAAGUUGUGAGAAAAGUAAAUUGAUUCGGGAUGAUUCUUCUAUCUUCACUCAAGGACCAAAUGUUCAAGCACUUGUAUAAAGUGUAUCGUCUUUGUUGUCAUAUUCUUAUGCACGUAGACGGAGAUUAUUUCUUUUUCCGACAGUUUUUACAAAAGAUUUAAGACAUAUCUAUAUAAUUUUUUAACAGUCUUACCAUAAUAUUUUAGUCACAUUCUUAGGGUCACUAAAUUUUAGUUUCAUCAUACAUGAUAAACAGUAUUGAUCUGCUAUCGCCUAGAGUAAUUAGCAAGAAUUUUGGAUUUAGAAGUUGUAAAAGAGAGAAAGUGCCACACUCUGGGAACUUUUCCUUCCAGAAGUUUAUUUUUCUUGUCAUUUUAAUUCCACUCCCUUUGGUACUUACAUACCCUACAAACUGUCCCUCUUUACCAUGUUUAUUUCAAAUAAUUUAAUCUCUAAUGUUUCUAUCAUGCCCUACAUAAAGAACAUAGUAUAGUUUGGAAGGAAACCAUUGACAAAUUUGAACUGCCAAUAUUUAGACGCUGAACACUCCCAAGUCCUAAGAUAGCCAUCUUUGAAUUAAACGUUUUCCAGUUCAAGGAGGAAGACAAGGUCAGCACGAUCAGAAGCCAAAUAAAUAACUAUACAAUAGGAAACAGGAGAUGCCAGUGAAGGAUUGCUAUUGCGUCCACAAGCCUGCAGUCACGAGGCAUAUCUGUUGUAAAAUUGGAGAUCAAGGAGGAUUACUCUUUUUUAGGUUUAAGACAUUACAUUCAGUUAGGUGCUUUCGGCAUGAGGGAUUUGACUUAGGUUGCAUUUGUUUUUUUUAAGAUUCAGACGUCUGAAUCUGAAUGCACAUCUGAAUGUUUAAGAGGUUGUCUCUAGAUCUGGAAGCUGAAU